AUGACGGAGCUGGUGGCCACCAUAGUGGUUGGACCACUGCUCUCCAUCGUCAAGGACAAAGCGUCCAGCUACCACCUCGACAAGUACAAGGUGAUGAACGGCAUGGAGGAGCAGCACAAGAUCCUCAAGCGCAAACUGCCUGCCAUCCUGGACAUCAUCACCGACGCCGAGCAGACGGCAGCACACAGAGAAGGGGCGACGGCCUGGCUGGAAGAGGUAAAGACGGUGGCUUACCAGGCGAAUGAAGUCUUUGAUGAGUUCAAGUAUGAGGCGCUUCGUCGUGAGGCCAAAAAGGAGGGACACUACAACAAGCUUGGCUUCGAUGUGGACAUUGAGGUCCUUGUGGCUGAAAUGAAUGCAUUUGGCUUUAAAUACCAGCAACGGUCACCGUUAUCCACCAAGUUGCGGCAGACAGAUCAUGUUAUCUUUGAUCCAGAGAAAAUAACCAUCAGAUCCAGAGAGAAGGAUUACAAGAAUAUUAUCAAUAUACUUGUUGGGCAAGCUAACAAUGCAGAUCUCACAGUUGUUCCCAUCGUUGGAAUGGGGGGUCUGGGCAAGACUACGUUAGCACAACUUGUUUAUAAUGAACCUGAAAUUGAGAAGCAUUUUGAUGUGCUACUAUGGGUGUGUGUCUCUGAAUGCUUUGAUGCGGACUCUCUGGCUAGAAGUAUAGUUGAAGCAGCUCUUGAGAAGAAGGAUAAUGGUACAGAAGCAGCUCCCAGGAAGAAGAGGGAUGAUACAGAAGCAUCAACUGAUUCCAAGAAGAAGACACUGCUCGAUAGCCUUCAGCAUGUGGUAAGCGGUCAAAGGUACCUCCUUGUAUGGGAUGAUAUCUGGGCACGACAGGUUCACAUCUGGGAACAACUCAAGGCAUGUCUUCAACAUGGUGGCAUGGUGUCUGUAAUGGAGAAGGAGUGUGCCCUCGCAACUGAGGAAACCAGCAAGAUUGAAUGUGUUGUUGCAACUGAGGAACCAAGCCAGAGUGAGUGGCUUCCAAACACUGCCCGGCAUUUAUUUUUGUCAUGUGAGGAACCAGAAAGAAAAUUGAAUAGUUAUCUCGAGAAAAGCUCUCCAGUUAUCCAAACACUUCUAUGUGAUAGUUAUGUGGAAAGUUCGUUCCUGUAUCCAGCGAAAAGCAGCUCUUUGCAACAUCUAGCAAAAUGCAGCUCUUUGCAAGCAUUUCAGCUCUGUUCAUACAAAUCAUCAUUUCCGCUGAAGUCAAAGUAUCUACAUCACCUAAGGUACCUAGAUCUCUCAAGAAGUUAUAUCAAAGCACUUCCUGAAGAUAUGAGCAUUCUAUACAACCUGCAAACUUUGAACCUCUCUGGCUGCAAAUACCUUUGUGGGCUUCCAAGCCAAAUGAAGUAUAUGACUGCCCUCCGUCACCUUUUUACUCAUGGUUGCCCACAACUGAAGAGCAUGCCUAGAGACCUCAGAAAGCUCACAGCCCUACAAACACUAACAUGUUUUGUAGUAGUUAGUGGCUCUAAUUGCAGUAAUGUUGGAGAGCUCAGGAAUUUAAACCUUGGUGGUCAACUAGAGCUACAUCAUCUAGCGAACGUGACAGAAAAAGAUGCAAAAGCGGCAAAUCUCAUUAGGAAGAAUGAACUAAGGGAACUGACAUUAAGAUGGACAGUUGGACAGGAUCAUUUUUCUAGGGAAACUAGUCAUGAGGAUGAUGCAAGAGUGCUCGAGAAACUCAAACCUCAUAAUGGGCUGCGUGCUAUAAGGAUAUACUCCUAUCGAGCCACCACCUUUCCAACAGGGAUGGCUAUGUUGCAAAACAUUGUUGAGAUCCACGUCUGCCAUUGUAAAAAACUGCAAUGGUUGUUCAGCCGCAACAGUGAUACAUCCUUUGCAUUUCCAAAUCUGAAGGAGCUUACACUAGACAGCCUUGUCUCUUUGGAGAGAUGGUGGGAAAUAAAUAAUGAUGUGAUACAAAGAGAAGAAAUAAUGUUUCCUCGGCUCGAGAAGUUGUGUAUUAGUCAGUGUGAAAAGCUCACAGCAUUGCCAGGACAACCGACCUUCCCUAACCUCCAGAAUGCUUGCAUUGAAAGAUGUCCAGAGUACUUGACAACGAGAGUUAAAUCACCAAACCUCAGUGUAUUAACGAUGCAAGGACGUGAGAUACACGUGUUCCAGUGGGUAGCCAGGCAUAUGACUUCAUUGAUCAAUCUAGAACUGCAUAGCCUUGAAGACAGUACAGAAACAACCUCGGGGGCAGCUGAGCAUGGUUUGAGAGAAGUGUUAACGUUCGACGGGAAGAAAAACUGGAGGGGUCAAGAUUUUCCUCUGGCAGUUCUGGUGUUAGUAAAUUUUAGGUCAGGUGUAACAGAGCUGUGUGCAUGUUUUGUACACCUUCAAGGUCUGAGAAUUUGGGGUUGUGCGCUCGUCCACUGGCCAGCAAAAGAGUUCCAAGGAUUGGUAUUUUUGAGGAGGCUUCAGAUUGAAUGCUGCGAUGAUUUGACUGGAUAUGCACAAGCUUCUGCUGAGCUGUCAACAUCACCAGAAACGACUCUGCAGCUCCUGCCACGUCUAGAGUCUCUGGAGAUACGGAAGUGUGACAACUUGGUUGAGGUCUUCAACGUUCCUGCAUCUCAAAGGAGAAUGAUAAUUUGUGAUUGCAGUAAGCUUGAGUCCCCAUUUGGCAGGAGGCUACAGCAGGGCCAGUCAGCACCGUCCAUUCAUCAAGGAUCAUCUAGUGUACUGGAGAAAUUAAGAAUAGAGAGUUGCCAUGGCUUAACAGGAGUUCUCCAUCUUCCCCAGUCCCUCAAGGAUCUAGAAAUUAGCUACUGUGUUGGGUUGACAUCUUUGGGAUCUUGCUCGGGAGAGCUCCCAUCGUUGGAGCGCCUCUAUCUUGCGAGUUGCAAUAUUGUGUCAUCCCUACCGGAUGGGCCGCAAGCAUACUCAUCUCUCCAAGAGCUUGUCAUUGUCCACUGCCCUGCUAUGAAGACGCUCCCUGCAAGCCUGCAGCAACAGCUGUGCAGCCUCCAGAGGGAACAUGUAGAUGCCCAUUAUUAUGGAAAGCCUAUGCUGCUGAAAUCGAAGACAUGGAAAUAUGUCUGCAAAGGUUGA